CCUGAUCUCAAGUGAUAGAUCGUGAGAGUGCUUUGGUGUGUUGAACUUCAGCGUUUAACAGUUGAAAUAGGAAAAAGAAAAACAGUGUUUUGGUGUUUCUGAGAAAACGAAGGUUUAGAUCAGCUCUCAAAUUCUGCCAUGGCCUCCACCAGAUCACUCAUUCUUUUUCUAUUAAUUCAAUUAUGCUUCUCAGUUCUACCCCUCUCAUUCGCCCAAUCCCCUGCCACGGGGUCCAACGAAGGUUACACUAUUUAUGGUCGAGUGAAGAUCCCCAGUGUGGGAACAAAAGACUAUAUUCUUCCAGGAAAAAUUUCAAACGUCAAAGUCAUACUCAAUGGUGGUCAAAGAGUUACUUUUCUGAGGCCAGAUGGAUAUUUCUCAUUCCACAAUGUUCCUGCAGGGACACAUCUAAUUGAAGUAGCUGCAAUAGGUUAUUUAUUUUCUCCGGUACGAGUUGAUGUAAGUGCUAGACACCAUGGCAAAAUUCAGGCGGCACUGACAGAGAAUAGGAGGGGACUUAGUGAGUUUGUCUUAGAGCCAUUAAGGGAUGAACAAUAUUACGAGGUUAGGGAGCCAUUCUCUAUUAUGUCCGUUGUGAAAAGUCCAAUGGGUCUGAUGGUUGGAUUUAUGCUAAUUGUUGUCUUCCUCAUGCCCAAAUUGAUGGAGAACAUGGAUCCAGAAGAAAUGAGGCGUGCACAAGAAGAAAUGAGAAAUCAAGGAGUUCCAUCGUUGGCAAGCUUGUUACCUGGUGCCGCAAGAAGCAACUAGGUAUAUGAGUAAUGGAAAACUGGUGAGCAAGUUGGUUGCCUCAAGCACGAGCUGAAGAAAUGACUUCGGAUUAUUGGAGAAUUUUCUCAUGAGAAAUUGGUACUCUGAGAAAUCUUUCGAUUAUUUAAAUUUGAAAUUUCUAAUAGUGGUUUAUACGUUUGACUUGAACGCUCAGGAGUAGGGUUCUACGUUGCUCUUCCCAUUUUCUUGUGAAUGUUGAUAUUAGUAAUAUUGAGCUCUUUUGGUUUACUUGUAGAAGCUCUUAAUUUCCACUUUUGGUCGUUUUUCUUGAAAAAAAAAUAUUUAUAAUCU